AUGCGAAGAACACCAGCGCUGUUCUUUGCAGCUACAAGAUGCGCAAGACUACAUGCUUCACGUAGACUUUAUUCUUCGCUGCCCAUUGUGAGCAUCACGAAUGGUACUUUUUAUCGGCAACAUCCUUCGGUCAAAGUUAGACAGAAUGCAUCUGCAAACCCAGCUUUAUUUCCCGACUUGACGAUUUCAUUGCCCUCCUUCUCAUCGCCAAAUGAGCAUUGGGCCAUCCUCAGUCCCUCAUCUGAUAUCCGAACUGCGUUUCUCCAAAUUUUGCGUGGGCAGUUACUUUGUUUUCCACCGACAGCCCGGUCAUUCCCUUACCUCCUUAGUCCCGCCAUCACGGAGAAGAAGCCCAGACUUCGGUUUCCAGAGCGUGCGAUAGAGUAUGUGGGCUUUGAUGUGGAACGUAAGGCCUUUGGUGGUGCCUAUCUCUCGGCCCGGUACGAGUCACUCAAAGAAGACACGGAUUUCACAGUGCAACGAUAUCUAACCGGGAUCGUAACGAUGAAUCCUGGGGAAGAGGAACUCAAAGCUAAAAGCGUGGGAGAGGAGGACAUGAAGAGGGUCAUGCGGGACUUGGAGCUAGAAAGGUUUAUCGAGAAGCCAGUCAAUAUGUUGAGUAAUGGGCAGAGUAGGAGAGCGAGGAUUGCAAAGGCGUUGUUGAGUGCGCCCGAAAUGUUGUGUUUGGAUGCGCCGUUCAUUGGCUUAGAUCCGAUCGUUACAAGGCAUAUCUCUAAGGUAUUACAUCGUCUUGCGGAAGUUAACGCGCCUCGUAUUGUACUCUCGCUGAGACCGCAGGAUGAUAUUCCGGACUGGGUCACGCAUGUUGUGUAUGCGGGGCAAGAUGGGAAAGUUGAGAGUUUGGGUCCGAAAGAUGAGGUUUUGAAUAUUCUCCAGGCGAGAAAUGAAGGACUUGAAAGACAAGCAACGGGUGGUGACAAAGCGUCAAUGUCAGUAGGCAUACAGCAAGAAUCAGCCACAGAAUUGCAGACUACAACAACACUGAGUCGAGAUGGAUACAAGAAAAUUGACACGUCGGAUACCCCCAUCGGAGAACCCAUCGUCGAGAUGCAAGGCGUACGCAUAUCAUAUGGUACAAAUUCUGUCUUGGGCGACUGGCAACAGCCUGACCAAUACACCGGUACACCCCAAUUCGGCCUCCACUGGACCGUCCACCGAGGCCAACGCUGGGGUAUCUUUGGCGCAAACGGCUCAGGCAAAACAACGCUCCUCAGUCUCGUGACCUCCGACCAUCCACAAACCUACUCCGUGCCCGUAAAGCUCUUCCAGCGCUCGCGUCUCCCAGAGCCAGGUGUUCCAGGCAUCACGAUUUUCGAGAUUCAGGCUCGCAUGGGUCAUGCGAGCCCAGAGGUACAUGCCCUCUUUCCUAAACAUCUGAGAAUAAGAACGGCGCUCGAGAGUGCGUGGAGCGAUACUCCGAUUACGAAACCAAGGCUUGAUGAUGAGGCGAGGAGGCGCGUGGAAACUUCUCUGGUGUGGUUUGAGAAAGAACUGAGACCGGCUACUGGCUUCAAGGCGAGUGAGAAAGAAGGCUCAAAGGAUCUUGGAUGGGCCAGCGAAACGCUCUUUGGUGAACUGUCAUUCUCAGCCCAACGGGUUCUACUCUUUCUCCGUGCCACGAUUCGUAAUCCCGAUAUUGUUAUCCUCGACGAAGCGUUCAGUGGUAUGGAUGAUUUGGUGAGAGAUAAAUGUCUUUUGUUCCUAAGUCAAGGCCAGUCCAUGGCUCUGGAGACUUCGGAGGCGGGGCUGAGACCGGUGAAGAGGGACGGGGAGGUUGUUGUCAACGGCCUGCAGGAUCAUCAGGCGUUACUUUGUGUUAGUCAUAGUAGACAGGAGGUCCCUGGAUGUAUCAGGGAGUGGAUCUGUCUUCCGGAACCGGGGACGGGCGCGCCAAGGGUCGGGAAAUGGGAUGGGCCAGUGGAGUUGGAUGAAAGGCGGUGGGGGGAAGUGUGGGAAGAUGAGUGUGCAGGAUGGCUGAGAUGGGCAUAA